CAAAUCCUAGCCAAAAAGAAAAGAGACGAAACCCUCUCUCUCUCUCUCUCUAUCUUUCUCUGUCUCGCUCUCGUUCCCAGAUUCUUCGAUCUGCGAAAACCUAUAAUCUACACAGUAAUGACUUCUCUCAGCAGGGAGCUUGUGUUCCUGAUUCUCCAGUUUCUCGAUGAAGAGAAAUACAAAGAUACCGUUCACAGAUUGGAAUUGGAGUCUGGUUAUUACUUCAACAUGCGUUACUUUGAGGAGCUGGUGACUAAUGGUGAGUGGGACGAAGUGGAGAAGUAUCUCUCUGGUUUCUCCAAGCUUGAGGAUAACAGAUACUCUAUGAAAAUCUUCUUUGAAAUCCGGAAGCAAAAGUAUCUCGAAGCUUUAGAUAAGCGUGAUCGUGCAAAAGCCGUGGACAUUUUAGUCAAGGAUCUCAAGGUGUUUGCAGGUUUCAAUGAAGAUCUCUUCAAGGAAAUCACCUUACUUUUGACAUUGGAUGACUUUAGAGCUAAUGAGCAGCUCUCCAAGUACGGGGAUACAAAGUCGGCAAGGGGUGUAAUGUUUGGUGAAUUAAAGAAGCUGAUUGAGGCUAAUCCUCUUUUCCGUGACAAACUUCAGUUUCCUGUUUUGAAAAGCUCAAGGUUGAGGACUCUAAUUAACCAAAGUUUAAACUGGCAGCAUCAGCUAUGUAAGAACCCGAGGCCAAAUCCUGACAUCAGAUCUCUCUUUCUGGACCAUACAUGCAACCAACCGAACCAACCGAAUGGUGCUCGAGCUGCGUCCCCUGGUACAAAUCAUUUAAUGGGUGGUGGUGUUCCUAAGAUGGCAGGGUUUCAUCCAUUAUCAGCUCAUGGUCUGUUCCAGCCUGCACCAGGACCAGGUGGACUUCCAGCUAAUCUUUCAGGAUGGAUGCCUAACCCAUCUGUCGUGCCUCAUCCUGCUGCUGCAUCUUCAGGUCCUAUAGGCUUGGGUUCUCCAAACAACACAGGAGCUAUCUUAAAGCGCCCUCAGACUCCUUCAGGUCCUAUUCCUAUGGAAUAUCAAACUGCUGAUUCUAACCAUGUUUCGAAGAGGUCAAGACCGUAUGGAACCUCGGAGGAGGGGGGUAAUAUUCCAGUAAAUAUUUUGCCAGUGACAUAUGCUGGCCAUCCCCAUCCCCAUGGACAUAAUACAUUAUCACCUGAUGACUUGCCCAAGGUGGUUGUUACAACUCUUGCUCAGGGUUCACCUGUCAUGAGCAUGGACUUCCAUCCAAUUCAGCAAAUUUUACUAUUGGUUGGUACAAUUGGUGGUGAUGUUUUCUUGUGGGACCUGGGUGCUCGUCAAAGGAUUACGGAGAAGGGUUUUGAUGUCUGGAAGCUUGAUGCGUGUACGAAAGAACUGCAGGCAUCUUUGAACGCUGAUGUGACAGCUUCGGUAAAUCAUGUGGCAUGGAGUCCUGAUGGAACUCUCUUUGGCGUGGCAUACUCAAAAAGCAUUGUGCAUAUCUAUGGCUUUAAUGGGGGCAGUGACAUACGAAAUCAUCUGGAGAUUGAAGCUCACACAGGAAGUGUUAGCCAUCUUGCCUUUUCAUUUCCUAACAAACAACUAUCUGUUGUUACUUGUGGCGAUGACCGAACCAUAAAGGUUUGGGAUGCUGUUACCGGCGAUAAACUGUUUACUUUUGAGGGUCACGAAGCUCCUGUGUUCUCUGUUUGUCCUCACUUCAAGGAAAAUAUUCAGUUUGUCUUCUCAACAGCAACUGAUGGAAAAAUAAAAGCUUGGUUGUAUGACAAUGUGGGUUCAAGAGUUGACUAUGAUGCACCUGGCCAGUCUUCCACAAGAAUGGCAUACAGCAGUGACGGAACAAGGUUGUUUUCAUGUGGUACAAACAAAGAAGGAGAGUCAUUUUUAGUUGAGUGGAAUGAAAGUGAAGGCUCCAUAAAGAGAACAUAUCUCGGCCUGGGACAACGGGCUGCAGGGAUUGUGCAAUUUGACACAACCAGGAAUAGAUUCUUAGCUGCUGGUGAUGAGUCGACUAUCAAAAUUUGGGACAUGGACAACACAAAUCCUUUGACAACUAUUCAUGCAGAUGGUGGCUUACCGGCUUCUCCUUGUGUUAGAUUUAAUAGGGAAGGAAUACUUUUAGCUGUCUCAACCAAUGACCAUGGUGUUAGAAUCCUCGCGACUGAUGAUGGAAUUAGGCUGUUGAGAACAGCAGAAAAUCGCUCGUUUACCCCGGUCAUGAAGGUUCCUGCAGGUGGUGGUUUUGGUUCCUCAAGUGCAAAUGCAGGAAUAACUAUGGCAGAUCGAGCUUCCUCUUUUUCAGCUAUGGAGAACAAUGAAGUGCGAACUCUAGUGGAUGGGAAGCCCAGAAUCGCUGAUGAUUUGGGUGAAAGAUCUAGAACCUGCAAAGUUACAGAGAUUACAGAGCCAUCUCAGUGCUGCUCCUUGAGGCUCGCCGACAAUGUGGCAGUGACGAAGAUUUCCAAAUUAAUUUACACAAAUUCUGGAUCUGGAGUAUUGGCCUUGGCAUCUAAUGCAGUGCACAAGUUGUGGAAAUGGCAGAAAAACGAUCACAAUCUGGCUGGAAAGGCAACGGCUAGUGCACAACCAGUAUUAUGGCAACCUCCAAGUGGGAUUAUGAUGAUGACAAAUGAGACGAGUGAUUCAAACCCUGAAGAGGCUAUUCCUUGUUUUGCCCUGUCAAAGAAUGACUCCUACGUUAUGUCAGCGUCAGGGGGAAAAAUCUCCUUGUUCAACAUGAUGACAUUCAAGACUAUGACGACGUUCAUGCCUCCGCCGCCUGCAGCAACAUUCCUUGCGUUUCAUCCUUUGGACAAUAAUAUCAUUGCCAUUGGCAUGGAGGAUUCAUCGAUCCAGAUCUACAACGUUCGCACUGACGAGGUGAAAACCAAGUUGAAUGGUCAUCAGAAGAGGAUAACAGGUCUUGCUUUCUCACAGGCUCUGAACAUUCUUGUUUCGUCGGGUGCUGAUUCACAGUUGUGCGUUUGGAGCAUGGAUGGAUGGGAGAAGCAAAGUAGUAAGUAUUUGCAAGUUCAACAUGGAAGAUCAUUACCGGCUGUUGCAGAUACCCGUGUGCAGUUCCAUCUGGAUCAGAUUCAUCUGUUGGUUGUCCAUGAGACGCAGAUAGCCACUUAUGAUGCUCAAAAACUGGAUUGGUUGAUGCAGUGGUUUCGACGGGAAGCAACAGGACCAAUCACGUCAGCUACAUAUUCAUGUGAUAGCCAGUCGAUUUUUGUGAGCUUUGAAAAUGGUAGUGUCGAUGUCCUCACAGCUUCCAACCUCAGAUUGAGAUGUCGGAUAAACCCAACUGCUUACUUGCCUCCAAACCCAAGCUCAAGAGUAUAUCCUCUAGUGAUAGCAGCUCAUCCAUCGGAGACAAACCAGUUUGCAGUAGGGCUCAAUAAUGGAGCUGUUCAUGUGGUUGAACCAUCGGAAACAGAAGGCAAAUGGGGAAUCUCACCUCCACUCGAGAAUGGAGCACCACCAGCUGACAACUAACCUUGAAGCAGCCUUUGUCGCAUUUUCUUUUUAAACAAAUUUACAUCAUUGACUUGGAAGUUUUGUAGCCUUGCUUGGUAUAGUAGGCGUUCUGUUUUUUUAUUUUACUCAGAAUAUCAAUUCUCAAACUUAAAAACCUUUUUUGUUUGGGUAAGAGAUCAAUUUGGUAAUAUUAUUGAAUAUAAAAUACAAACCCAAUCGU